UCCUCAUCCUUCUCAUCAGUCGCUAUUGCCUUCUCUCUCUGCAACUGACCUCCAGGCCAGCACUCGUCCUUCACUCAGAAUGUCUUUGCCCAACUCAGAGAACGCCUCCACCCUGGAGAACGCCAUGCAGCUCAUGAUCCAGACCUUCCACAAGUACUCUGGAAACGAGGGUGACAAAUAUACACUGAGCAGGGCUGAGCUCAAAGAGAUGCUUACCACAGAGCUCGGCAGCUACCUGGGGAACGCCCAGGAUAAGGAAGCAGUGGAUAAGGUGAUGGGAGACCUGGAUUCCAACAACGACGGGGAGGUAGAUUUCACCGAGUUCAUCAUACUGGUCGGAGCUCUUACUGUGGCCUGUAACGACUUCUUCCUGGAGUACAACGACAAGCCAGAGAAGAAGAAGUGAACAUGCCCUUGGGACAAAGCUGUCCACUCUACAUAAGCUCCAGGGAGGAAACACUUAAGACGGGGGAGAAGCCCCGCAAAGGACAUCCUGUCAUGGACUUUACGUGCACAAAUACACAAACACACACGCAUACAUGUCUUAAUGUCAUUUCAGUGGUACAUGUUGUGUGUUUGUGUAUUUGUCUGCAAUGUCCAAUCAAUCCAUUACAAACUGUAUUUAUUGCUAUGUGAAAAGUUUAAGUCAGUUUCAGCACAUGUCGAGGCGUUGAAUAUGUGAAUGUACCUCUUGUUCUUUUUCUUUUCAUGCGUUUUGUAAAACAUUCAAGUUGAGGAAUUUCUCCCUGGAAAAGAAUAAAUGUGACCUUUA